GAAAUAAAAAUUAAAAUGGGAGACAAAAGCUCUGACCAGAGUAUUAUGGAUAAAUCCAUGCGUUCAGUAUUCGUUGGGAACAUUCCAUACGAAGCAACUGAAGAAAAGCUUAAGGAGAUUUUCAGCGAGGUUGGACCAGUUGUCUCAUUAAAAUUGGUUUUUGAUCGAGAGAGUGGCAAACCAAAGGGCUUCGGAUUUUGUGAAUAUAAAGAUCAGGAAACCGCUUUAAGUGCUAUGCGAAACCUAAACGGAUAUGAAAUCGGAGGAAGAACAUUAAGAGUCGACAACGCGUGUACGGAGAAGUCAAGAAUGGAAAUGCAGCAAUUAUUGCAAGGCCCUCAAGUAGAAAAUCCAUAUGGAGAGCAUUGUGACCCAGACCAAGCUCCGGAAAUUAUAACGAAAACUGUAGCAUCGUUGCCACCGGAACAAAUGUUUGAGUUGAUGAAACAAAUGAAACUGUGUAUACAAAAUAACCCGUCAGAGGCUCGCCAAAUGCUAAUGCUAAACCCUCAAUUAGCAUAUGCAUUACUACAAGCAAUGGUCGUAAUGCGCAUUGUCGAUCCACCCACAGCAUUGGGAAUGUUAUUUAAGGCAAAUCAAAUGCCUCCAGUUUUGGGCGCCAAGCCAUUAGGUGGAAGCGCACCUUCUGUAAAUACUAUGCAAAAUACACCUGUUAUUCCUCCUGCUCAAGUAAGUGCAUCAUCUAUCCCAUUGGCUGGUCCUAGUUUCAACUCCAUGCAAGGAAACGACAUUGAUCUCAGAGCGAUGUCAAGCGUAAACAUGGGGUCUCAACCGCCAAUUGAUCCUCGUAUGGUUCGAAAUAUUGACCAAGAUUUGAGAGGUAUGCCAAACCCCGUCCCCCCUCCUCAUAUGGAUCUCCGUAAUCAGAGGCAAAUUCAGCAACAGCCAAUUAAUACUCCGACAGUGCCAUUCCCAUCUGAUCCUAGACAAAGACCCAUGGAUCCUCGCUUAAGAUCUGCCGGCGCCUCUGGUGUACCACCGAGUGCUCAGCAAACUGCUCAACAACAACUGCAAAAUCGAUUGGCUUCCAAUUGCGGCUUACCUAAUGAUGCGUCAGACCAAGAGAAAGCCGCAUUAAUUAUGCAGGUACUACAGCUGACAGAUGAACAAAUUUCACAAUUACCUCCAGAACAAAGAGCAAGCAUUCUUGUUUUAAAAGAACAAAUUGCUAAAAGUACUCAGCGUUAA